AUGUUAGAAAACCCGGCCGAAGAGACCGCGCACACAGAAAGCGGUCAGGAGUACCGAGUUCCGCGUUCAGCGUUCAUAAGAUUAUGCCGAGUCAAUAACAACAACGCAUACAGAGGUCAGUCUGACCGCAGCGUUCAAAGAGGAACGUUACGUUUCAAGAGUUCUUUCCACACCAAAACAGGGAACGUCGGAACGCCGCGAUGUCUGAGUGUAUUGCAAACACGGAAAGGUAAAGUAUGGAUAGGCAAGUGGAAGAGUCUGAGAGAUAACUACAACAAGUAUAAGAAAAGUAAUGAAUCUUCUACAGGCCAGGCUUAUAAAAAGUAUAAGUCUUGGCCAUGGGCUUCGCGCUUGAGUUUUUUAGACGAUUUUAAUUUUAGAAGACAAACAGAAAGUAAUUGUGAGAAUAGUUCAGCCAACAAUCAUACCACUGUUGCAUUAGACACAGAGAACUUUACGAUGAGUGAAAAACAAAAUACUACACAUUCUGAAGUUACUGUAUAUGGAACUGAACCAAGCACGCAAAUAACGAGAAAACGUAUAAAAACGAGCUCAGAAUCCAGUGAUUCUGAUAAAAUACUAGGAUAUAUAAAAAAUAAAAAAAAGGCCAAACUGGAUGUAGUCGAUCACAUUUUUUUAAGUUAUGCGCAAACGUUCAAGACACUCCCACCUAGAAUGCAAAUUAUGAUUAAACUAGAAAUGGCCUCUCUAUUUGCCCGGUACGAGCUACAAAUGGUAGAAGGGAGUAAUGCAGGUGCUUCCCAAGUUGUACCGCAAUCAGUGAAAGAAAGGUCUUGGUCUUGGAGUUCUACAACAAAUUCGGAGUCGGAAUAUUGUGACAACAUGUCGUAUUCGUCCGAUAAUUCGAUCUAA